CGGCGCGCAGGUGUGAGUGGGAUGGACCUCGGCAUUGCUCUGGAGACACUGCAAGGCAGGAAACUCCCGCAUAAUUAAUUUGCUACUUAGCUGACGCCGGAUCCUUGAUUUAAUUGUUAAUAGUAAUAAGCUAUCCCGCUAGAUCAUCGCCAUCUGCUCCAUCUUCUGUACGUCAUGACAAAGCAGGUAAAUAGUAGGCAAGAAUGCCCCCAUUGAGGGGUUUAAUAAGAAGAAAAUCAUUCGAGGACGCCAAAGUCGUACAUGUUAGAUAUAACGUCAGUGUGGGUACAUAUCUGAUCGACUAAACGGUUGGGUUAAUCGACGGAGAGGCCGGCACACAUGGAGAUGUACGUAUUUCCUCCAGCAAACAUUGCGGAGUUUUUCUGUUUCAAGCCAUAGCCUCUUGAUGCAUUCAAGGGCAGCCCGACAGUGGCAAUAGGCUGCUAAUCCACCAAUUUUAGCCCAUGGUCUGUAUGCAUCAGCGGAGGAUGUCUGUCGGAUUCUGCCAUUUUUUUUUUUUUUUUUUUUUUUUCGUACUCGAUUGUGAUCAACUACGGGAUAAGCCCGAUGGUUUGCAGCCACCUGGCGACGGUAACCAUAGGCUCGCCAGUUGUGAGCUUUGGCGACUAUUUUCAUCAUGCAGAACGUGAACGCUAUUCUGGCGCUCGGUGGUCGACGGCAACGAUCUUCAAGCCGCGAGGUCACUGAGCCGUCAUUUCGUCUUUUGGGCCCAUGGCGUGUAAGGUGACUUCUUACCCGAUCGGUCAGGCAGGCAAGGUCUGGUGGUCUAAUCCUUCGCCCUCAUUCCUUUUCCCAUGCUCUUCCUCCCGCCUCUCCCUGUCUUCACAUCCUCAUUUCGUCUUUUCUCCCACUCUUCUUCUCUCAAUGUUGUCCGUGUUGUCCAUUUCGUUCUCUGUCGACGCCCAGAGAGGAAAUGCAAUAAUACAUCACGUGCCACUCACGGUCCCUUCCCGCCGUGUGGAGUCAGCGGGAUGACUAAGCAGCACAUGACCUCGUCAUCCUCCCAUCCCCAGAAGCGGAAAACGAAAGCAAAAUCGCAAAAAACGGACGAGACAACCAGCAGACGCAGCGCCAGCAUCACCGCAAAAGUCACUCCCAGGGCAUCCAAGCGAACCAAGCACUCGAGUCAACCCGCCAGUUGGCCAGCAUCCAGCGUGUCCCUUGUAGCCAACCACAGUGUUUCAGCCCCAGCCUGGCAAGCCCAGAGUGGAACACCUGGGCCAAAAGCGAUCACGCUCGCCUCGCUCUUCUCUGCUUUCCUUUCAGUCAUCGGAUGCACCUCCAACCCCCGUUGCCAUCAACCACCAACGGGUUCCCAUCUCCAUGCCCACUCACACAUCGAACUGCAGAGCCGCCCCCCCUGACCUGAUCUGACCUCCGCUCUGUCGUCUCCGCCGUGUUACAUAACGCCCUUUACUCCGUAAUUCUGUCUUUUACCUUUUAGCCGGAGUCGUAGGGCUGCCUCGGGCAAGCCCUGGUCUUAAACCGCCACGAUUCCUCCAUCACUCAAACCCUCGACCUCCUCCGCUUCCAUACCUCUGCAGUCGAUACAGACAUCCCGGCCAUCGUCUGAACAGUCCUCAUCUCUCUUCGACGCCGAUCGUGACAAACCAGGCAGCCGGCGGACCCCGUC